AGUGAACGGAACUGCUCCAGCAAAUACGCUACCAGCGAAUGCGCAUACUUCUCUAUGCUAGAGGAUAAAUCCUACAGCGAGACGCGCGUGAGUGCAUUGGUUUCCAGAACGGUCGAUAUGAACAAGUAUCGAUGAAUAACAUCGAUAUAUCGCUGCUCGCUGUCGUCUGCUGUUUCGCUUGUUAUUUUUCACCACAGUAUCAUCAAUAAGGUCAUUUUUAUUAAAUUUGGCUGAUUAAAUUGUAAAAAUUAUAGGAUUUGGAUAAUGAAUGUUCGUUUCAUCACAAGUAUCUCAUCAGAGUUGCUCUCGUUUUGGAAUCAGGAUAUGGAAGCUGUUAAAAAGCCAGCGUUUGUUUGAAUUUAUUAGCAUCGAUUGGAAAAUGCGCAGAAAUGCUGGAAACAUUAUUUUUGGCACUCUCCUCUUGGGUAUAGGAAUUUUUCUACUUUAUUCAAACGAGAUGAAAGCUGUGGAAAUGACCAACUCUUUACACGAUGCAUUGAAUAGUGUAAUUCAAGUGCAUCUGCUUGAUCCGAUCUAUGAAAUAAAUGAGGGCAUGUUAAUUUAUAUAUGCGGCCCUAUUCAAUUGGAUGAACCUCUCACUGAACCUGAGUAUGGUAUCUCCGUUCCCGCCGUCAAGCUUAAGCGCCGAGUCCAAAUGUACCAGUGGGUCGAGGAAAUUACUAAAAAAGCUGUUGAUGAUACUCUACCAACAGCUGAUUCCUCAUUCUCAGCUACAUACACUACUGAAUGGAAAGACAAACUAAUUGAUAGCAACAGAUUCUUCAAUACUGCGGACCAUCAUAAUCCAACGGAAUUUCCGUUGAAAAGUGCGAUGUAUGUGAGUGACGUAGUACGUUUGGGAAGGUACACAUUGAGUACAGAGCUCAAAGAUAAGUUUUCUGAUUUUAUAUCUGUGACCAGUGAUGAGAGGCCCGAGCGCCGUGAUAUAAAGUUGCACGUUGGCCUGUACUACCAUAGUAUCGAUGUUUGGAAUCCAGAGGUUGGAGAUAUAAGAGUGCAAUUCUCCUAUGCGGGGCCACAAGGGGCUGUUGUUACAGUCGUUGGGAGACAAGUGAAUUCUGAACUGCAAGGAAGUUUGCUAGCUCCAGGUAGAGUUCCCGUGUAUAUGAUGCUGUCUCAGCAGCAUGCAAAUCAUACCUGGUUCACAAGGCUGUUCCGCAUAUUAGCAUGGAUGUUGGUGUAUCUGGGUGCAACUUUCCUUCAUCAUCUAAUAAAAUGUUACAACAGAAUCGGACUGGAUGAGAAUUGGUUGAGUGUGUCAAUGUCAUUCUGCGUUGGACUGGUGGUGACUGGCGCUGUCUGGUAUUCUCACCGUCCCUGGCUGGGCUGGAUUCUCUUCUCAGGAGCAGUGCUGCCACUCUUGUGGCCAUUUGUAAAACGCCUGCAUACUGAUGAACAUUAUCAUGCUCUCUAGACCUCCGAGUUUUAUUCCAAUAUUUGAAAACCAUUCUAGUAGUUCUUAGGUAACACUUAGCUUAUCAGGGUCCGUCUAGUAAUUAUUUUUUAUAUGUAGAUGUAGAGUGAAUAAAGUAUCUUGAUUUUGCGAGUAAAGUGUCAGUAAACGUUAUAUAUCAUGAUGCACAGAUAUAUGUAUAUAUAUAUAUUUAAGUAUAAAAGAGUUAUUUCAUUGAGAACUCCCCAACUUGAUAAUAGCGAGUUAAAGUCAUUAUCUGAACACUUGAAAAUCUGUGCAUUGCAUCAUGACAUAUAACGUUUACUGACACUUUACUCGCAAAAUCAAGAUAUUUUAUUCACUAAACAUAUAUAUAUAUAUAUAUAUUAUAUAUAUAUAUAUAUAUAUAUAUAAAUUAUUUAUAUAUAUAUUAAUGUUACCCCUAGAUCUCAACAAAACUUGCAAAUAGACAUACACUUCCAGUAUUAUAUUACCUUAAAAUUUCUUGUACUCUAUACACUUAUUUUGGGAUAAUAUACUAGUGUAUAAUAUAAAAGUACAAAGUGUCUCAUAAUAUUAAGUACUUUUAGAAUUAUAGCUCAUUAAGUUUAUGGAAGGAAGGCUGUAAAUGAUCUCAAAUCUUUUGUUAAGUCGCCGUCUCUUGACUCGUACUGAAUUUAUCCAGCUCAAAUUAGAAAUUUUUAUUUUUAAUGAAUUUGGCAAUGCAAUAACAAUAGCUAAGCCAUUUAAAAUUUUUAUUGGACAUUCCAAGAAUGUUCUGCAUGUCUAUUUAAUAAAAUUAGGAUGAUUAUGAUGAUGAUAAUAAUAAUACAGUAAAAACGUUUAUUAAAUCAAUCAGCUACCAUAAAAAGGCUGCUUGACAAGGUACCAUAUAAAAUAUUAUGCAUAUGCAGAGUAAAUUUCUCUACAGUUAGUGGCGGUUUCAGUGUUACCAACAAUCUAUUUCUAGAAAAAAGUUUUUAAAACAUGUGACACUCUGAUGAAAUCAUGCCUUAAGUCGGCAAUGUUAAAUCCCAAUGUGACUUUUUGAAAUAAUAAUUAUUUUAUCUUUUUGCUUGUCUUGUUUUUGUUUAUGCUUGCUUUUUGAGUAAAUAAGUUCUGAAUAGAAGAAGAAUGGAUUAGUUUGAUGCUAGAAAUGGAAGGUGAUACACGUGAGAAUGCAAUUUUAGAUUAUUCCAAUUUUGGGUACCACUUAUCUUCAAGCAUGUGUGGGUUAUGAUUUGUUUAGUGCAAAAACUUUAAAGCGAAUCUCCCGUAAAUUACGUAUUUUCAAAAAAUCAUGAAAAAUUCAUUUUCAAUGAUAAAGACAUGAACCUGGUGUUAAAAUAUUCAGAAUAUCAAGCUCUAUCAAAAAUGGCAAAAAACGAGAAUCUCAAAAUCUGACUGACGGCGUGGUUUCUUUCUAGAAGAAAGCCUCUCUAGAAACAUUGUAAAUUCAUUUGAAAAAAAAACCAGGUUCACAUAAUAAGUCAUCAUAUCAUUCUACCUUACUUAAGAUAAAUUGUCUAUAUUAAUAUUUAUGUCACCCCUACAUACAACAGGAUUACCGUUUCUUUGCACAUUCUUAGCACUGCUAGCGCUAACUGGUUGUGGGUGCGAAUCCACAUGGACAUGGAUCUCAUAAAAUCAACCACGCAUUUCCUAAUACCCACGCACAAGCUCAAACGCAGAAGCUCAUGUGGGCAUUAUUCGCGAAAAAAUUAUAAUAAAUAUAAGUUAAUUAUAUAACAUCAAGGUGAAAAUGAAAUUAACUUUAAGGCAUUUUAAUUAGUUCAAUCAAUCAAUAUUUUAUUGUGAAGAAACAUAAUAAUGUUACAAACAACGUGAUGUACAAUAGCCUAUACAAAGAGCAACUAAUUACGCGACAGUAAAAACAAUAUAGGGUAAAACCUAUCUCAAUUACUAAUUACAUUGUAUAUAUAUCAAAUAAUUCAUGUUUUUUGCGGCCCAGAGUAAUAGGACUUGAGCAUCACUGCAUAGCGGCCCAGCACAAGUACGUUUACAAUAUUUAUUGAAUGUUUAUUACUAGUUUUUUAUGUUUAUAAAACAAUUAUGAUGGUAAUAUAAAACUGAUUUUCCUAGUGCUAGGCCUACUUCAUAUUUUCAAACGAUACAUAUAAAUGUAAGUUGUGGACCAGAGCUUUUGAUUUUGGAGUGGGUUUUGAAAAUAUUUAUGUUAGUAAAACUAUGUGGAUGGGGGCAUGAACAGAUCUAUUGUUAAAUAUUGGUUGAACAUUGACAUGGCUUGACAGUUAUUGUUUCCCAUUCCACCGGCGUUGAAGGAGGGGUACUGUCUCCCUUGACCGUUCCAUGCCCCCAUUCAGAUAGGUUUUACCCAUUAUAUAUAACUUCUUGCUUGUUCUUAUUGAGCAGAUAGAAAUAAGGUGUUGGUUUACAGUAUAUACAGUACUUUGUAUAGCAUAACCUGCGCUUUUAUAAAGCUAUAAUAAUUGCUGACUUAUUGGAUUUCAAAUUUUACAUCAUUUUAGUUAAGGUGUGACUUUAUUUAGUAAUUAAUAGAAGAGUGUACAUGAAAUAAAUUUAUUUGGAUGGAGUGUAGGCCUACAGUUCGUUAUCGUAUUUCAUGCACACUGUUCAUGAUAUAUUUCAAAUUAAUUUAAGUGAAAACAUCAAGUAAAUGUGUUUGUAUUUGAUGUAUGUACAAUUUAAAGAUACUCCAACAGCAGCUAACAAAAGUAAAACCUUUUUUACAAAAAGUUCAAUCUCUUAUCAAGAGUAGGCCUAAGAGCAUUGUACUUUAUCCUUUAUUGAUUGAUUCAUACAAUAAGUGCAUCAUCAAAAUGAUAGGGAGAGAAAAAAUAAGGUACGGUAACCUUGUGCUAUUCCUUAAUUAGAACUUUCAGUGAUAACUGAAUAUGAGAGAAAUUUCAUUUACAAUUCCUUAAAAACCUCAAUUAUUCUCUACUGCAUAGUUUUUGAAAGUGUGAUUCGUGAACUCAUAAAAAAUAAGGUAACCUUUUGUUUUUACUUAAUUGAAACUUUCAGUGAUAACUGAAUAUAAGAGAAAUUUCAUUUACAAUUCCUUAAAAACCUCAAUUAUUCUCUACUGCAUAGUUUUUGAAAGUGUGAUUCGUGAACUC